AUGGGAUAUCAAAAGCCUGCAUGGUUGGAAGCUCUUUAUACAGAAAAGUUCUUUGUUGGUUGUUCUUAUCAUGAAAAUGCAAAAAAGAAUGAGAAGAAUGUUUGUUGCUUAGAUUGUUGCACAAGUAUUUGUCCUCACUGUUUGCCGUCUCAUCGCUUCCACCGCCUUCUUCAAGUUCGUCGUUAUGUUUAUCAUGAUGUUGUUAGAUUGGAAGAUCUUCAGAAACUAAUCGAUUGCUCUAAUGUUCAGGCCUAUACUAUCAAUAGUGCUAAAGUGGUUUUCAUCAAGAAGAGACCUCAAAAUCGUCAAUUCAAAGGAUCGGGAAACUAUUGUACUUCAUGCGAUAGAAGCCUUCAAGAACCUUUUAUUCAUUGUUCUCUUGGAUGCAAGGUGGAUUUUGUGCUGAAACACUACAGGGAUCUUUCACCCUACUUAAGGACAUGCCACAUCCUACAAUUGAGUCCAGAUUAUCUCAUUCCACAAGAAAUGGGAGAAGAAGAGAUAACAAGAUCAACAAUUGUGGAUUGUGAUGAACAAAUGAGUUCAUAUUCAGGAUCAUCAUCAUCAGGGUCAGAAAAUAUGAGCAUUGCAUGCACAGAAAUUGUAAGGAAAAGAAGAAGUGGAUGGACAAGUAUGUGUGCAAAAUUCAUGGCCAAUAAUAAUAUCAAUAAAGUUUCUGAUGAAGACAUGGCUUCAAGUAUGAUUAGUAGAAGAAAAGGAAUCCCUCAUAGAUCUCCUCUAUGUUAG